GGCCGCCAGCUGUGAGCCUUGAUCAUUCUUACGCUCCUGUUAUCUUCUUGCAAUUUUCAUAUUUUAGAGGAGUAAGUGAAAGAAAUGGGUUUGUCUCAGAGCUCAGAGGUAGCUGAAGGAGGAACGUAUGGAUACCACGUACACGGAGUGCAGCCGGAUUCUCCUGCAGAGUCGGCCGGCUUGCAGCCCUUCUUUGACUUCAUUCUGUCUCUGGACAAUAGGAGACUUAAUGAGGAAAACGACCUGCUGAAGGAGCUCCUGAAGGCUAACAUGGAGAAAGCAGUGAAGAUGGAGGUGUACAGCACUAAAAGCACGAUAGUCCGAGAGGUGGAGGUGGUGCCCAGCAGCAUGUGGGGAGGACAGGGGCUGCUGGGGGCCAGUGUACGCUUCUGCAGCUACCAAGGAGCCAGUGAGAAUGUGUGGCAUGUCCUGGAUGUGGAAGUUAGUUCACCUGCUGUACUGGCAGGGCUCCAGCCACACACUGACUACAUUGUUGGAGCGGAUCAAUUGUUGCAAGAUUCAGAAGACUUCUUUUCACUGAUUGAGGCCCAUGAAGGGAAACCCCUGAAGCUGCUGGUGUACAACAUACAAACGGAUGCCUGCAGAGAGGUGGUGGUCACACCGAAUGGAGCGUGGGGAGGAGAGGGCAGUUUGGGAUGUGGCAUUGGUUAUGGUUACCUGCACCGAAUCCCGGCAAAUCCAGACAUAUCAACUGCAAAGCCUCCCAUCCCUGUUCCUGAGGAGAAUCCCUCUCCAACACUGCCUGCACAUGGAUUCACAGAGGCACCUUUAAUGGCACCUUCAGGCCAGAGUGAAGAUGUGUUGGAUGUGGAGAAGGUCUUCCUGCAGGAAGCUGCUCUACCUCCUCCCAUCCAGACAGUCCCAGACCCUGAGUCUGAAGUGGCAGUGAUGAACCCUGACGCUGCAGAUGUGGUGGACAGGCUGGAUCUGUCCAUGUCAUCCAUAGACAUGACCGAAACGGCACUGACUAUGCAUGAGGAGAAGGACACUGACAUCUCUGGCAUUGAGGAGCUGGAGGACAGUGUACUGCUGUCAUCAUCAGCAGACAACCAGCCUGAUUCACAAGAGCUGAGCUCGCAGGCAGUCAUGGAGCUCACGUCUGCUCUCGCUUCCACUGACAUUGUGUCUGAUUCAGGCAUCCCACCAGCGGAACCACAUCAGCCGGUCACAGAGUCCACUGGACCACAAAGCGUUCUCAUGGAGUCUAAUGAGAGCCCAAGUCUACCUAUGGGUGGGUUGUCUCUCCCCGUAGACACAACCGAACCUCCCGUUAAUCCGUCUGUCCCCACCGAGCACCCUCCCUCCCCACUUCCCGUUGAUCUCCUCCAAUCUCCCGCCGCUGAUGAGUCGACAGCAGAAGAUUCUCCUGCUCAGGCUGUCGAAGAUGCAGCACAGCCAGCGGAGGAGCCAGUGGAGGAGCCUGCUGAGCCUCUAGAUGUGGCUCCUGCUCAGCCGUGCAACCAUGGGCACGAUGAGGAGGAACCAGAAGAGACACCCGCUGAGUGAGCUUGUAUCAGGCUUUAACACAAAGUACAAAAAUGCAAAGUAAGCUGACAAUCACCUUUUAUAGGAAUCACUAGAGGGGGUAUUAAGGACAGACAAGUGAAAGCUUCCCAAUUGUACACUGAUUAUCUAACAGGACUGUUAACCAUCAGGUUAGUAACACUACAGGAACCAGCUACGGCAUUAACAUGUAAACAUAUACUUUGAAUCACUGUAGAAAUAUCCUGUUGUUUUUUUUAACAUGAGAAAAUUUUAAGUUACAGCUAACUAUUUUAGCCAAAAAGGAUGUAAUGUUGUCAACUCUUUAGAUUUUACAUUGUGACAAGUUUUUUUUUCUUUUUCUGGGAGGCUAAUGUGAUGAAUACUUGAAUACUUCCAAAGAUAAGCAUGUAAUAUAUGAAAAAACACAUCAGGCAUCAACUACAGUAAAAACAGCUUUACCUUUUAAUAUUCGUAAAAGGUUAUAAAGUUUCAAUAUCCUUUAGUUUAGAUAAAUUGCAACUCUCAAGGUGCAGAGUUAUAUCUAUUGUUGGUGUGCUUUAAAGAAGCAUUAUCAAUUAAAUGAGUCUCAUAAUAUAGAUUUUAAAAACAGCUAAUUUAAAGAGGAACAUGUACAAUUGUCUGGUUUUAGAAUAUUCAGUCUGGGGAUGAGGGAAAUAUCUGUCCACUUAAAUUAUGUUUAACCAGUUAGCACACGCUUUUACAACAGAUCUGAUGUCAGUACAUUUUAUAUGCUUGUCUUUUAUUUUUAUUUAAUCUUCCAUAGUCAGUGAUCAGUGUAAAAAACAUUUGACUGCUGAUGUUAUGUCCCCUGUUUUACUUUACACUAUUUUCACCUUGUAAUCUAUGCAACAGUACACAAUAACUGACUGACUACAAUGUGUUUUAUCAUGUAAAUUCAAUAGAGAAGUCUUUUGAGAUAUGUAAGAAGUCUGGUAACGUGAUAAUUCUACUGUAGGGUAAUAAUUAGUUUUUUUCUAGGGAGUUGCUUCUUUUUCACUGUCAAAAUUGGUGCUAGUGUGUAAAAUAAGGAAAAGUAUUUUUUCAGAUAUUAUCAAUGGUUUGUCUGUUUUAUUAGGAAUGAGUGCAGAGUCUUUUGAUGAAUGUGAGAUGGGUGAAUCUUAAAAGGUUAAACAAUCAUAUCACUUUAAAAAAAAAAGGAAUUUGUUUGUUCUUAUUUCACACUCAUCAGCUGAACACGUUACAACCUUAAGAAAACAUCCAUUUAUAAUUACCAUAAAUCUGUCAUUGUUAAACCAUUCCAAUUUAUUUCUCUGAAUGCCUAAAAUAUACAUAUUUGACAAGUUAUUACAACAGGGAUAUUGCAGUGUUAUGGCCUAAUUAUGUUACCCAUCCUGUUUUUGGCCAAUUAGAGCUCACUCUACGCGUCCCCCCAUGACAGCUUUACACACUCACACUCCUCAUUACAAAAUUAACUCAAGAACAUGUACAAUGAAACGAUCUGUUGUUCUGCUUGGUGACAUACCAAGAGAAAUGGGAAGCUGAGUUUAUUUCACUUUAGUGAAUUUCCCACAGUGGUUGAAUGUUCAUAUAUUCUCUUGGAUGAGAUUUCCCCCCCUUCAAGUUACAUAUAUUUAUGUUUCAUUGAACUCCUAUUGAAUCUAAAAGAAAAUGUACAUUAGGAAAAA